AUGUCCCCACCUUCUUCCCAAUAUUCUUCUUCUUCUUUCUCCUCUAAUAAAUGUCAUGAUGAUCCGGUGAGUGGAGACGCAUGUCAGAAUGAUCCGGUGAGUAGAGACGCAGCAACCAUUCUCAACUCCAACAAUCAUAAACAAGCCCUUCAAUUUUUCAAUUAUUCUUUAAAACACUACCCAAUAACUUCUCCAACCAACAAUCUUCCUGGCCUUUAUUCAGCCAUUGUCCAUGUCUUAACACGUGCCGGAAUGUACAAGCCUGCCAGGUGCUUGAUCAAAGACCUCAUCCAAACCCUCCUCCUACAUCCAUCCUGCAAAUCCGAAAACCAUGUUCCUUCUUUAGUUUUCGAUGCUCUUAAUCGUUUACAAAGCUCUGAAAAAUUCAGUCCUGAUGUGUUUGGAGUGCUCAUUAUUGCAUUUUGUGAGAUGGGUCUUGUUGAUGAAGCCUUAUGGGUUUAUCAAAAGAUUGUUAAAGUAAUGCCCCCUUCAGAGCAAGCUUGUAAUGCGCUAUUAAAUGGGUUGGUUAAGACGGGUAGGUUUGGUUCCAUGUGGGAGUUAUACAAGGACAUGAUUUCGUGCAAGGUAUUGGUUCCUAGUGUUGUCACUUAUGGUGUAUUGGUUGGUGCUUGUUGUCGCCAAGGUGAUGUUUCUAAAGCUAGGAGUUUGAUUUUUGAUGAGAUGGUGAAGGAGAAGGGGAUUGGACCAAACGAUUUUAUCUACAAUACUCUUAUCCGUAGUUUUUGCUGCGAGAGUAAAUUGUUAGAAGCGGAAGCUCUGUUUCAAGAGAUGCGGGAAUCUGGGGUUUUGCCAGAUUUGUAUACUUAUAACAUUCUGAUUGAUGGUUACUGCAAAACGGCAAACGUCAAGCAAGCACUUCACUUGUAUCAGGGCAUACUGGGUGGUGAUCUGCGCCCAAAUGUUGUUACGUUUGGUAUCUUAAUAAAUGCACUUUGCAAAGCGGGAGAAUUAUUGGCAGCAAGGAGUUUGUUCGUGCACAUGGCUAAGUUUGGUGUGUCUCCCAAUUUACAUGUGUAUAAUUCUCUCAUUUAUGGCCACUAUAAUUCACGGAAUCUAUUUGAAGCUAUUCUUUUGUUUUUGGAGAUGCAAAAGUUCAAAAUUUCACCUGAUGUUUUUACAUACAGUAUACUUAUAAAGGGUUUUUGUAGCGUGGGUAGAACAGAAGAAGCCGAUGUGUUACUGAAAAGAAUGAAUAGGGAAGGGGUUAUUGCAAACUCUGUAACAUACAAUUCCCUAAUCAGUGGACACUGUAAGGAAGGAAAGAUGGAAAAGGCUCUGGAGGUGCUUUCUCAGAUGACUGAAAAGGGUGUAGAACGAGAUAUUAUCACCUUUUCUACAUUGAUUGAUGGUUAUUGCAAGGCAGGGAACAUGCAAUCUGCUACAAGUUUAUACUCGGAAAUGUUAACCAAAAGUAUUGUACCUGAUGUGGUAGUGUUCACAGCUUUGAUUAAUGGGCACUGUAAAAUUGGUAACAUGAAAGAGGCCCUUCGGCUGCAUAAGGAGAUGCUGGAGGCCGGGCUCAACCCCAACAUUUUCACAGUCAAUUGUUUAAUUAAUGGCUUUUGCAAAGGUGGGACGACUUCUGAUGCUAUCAAUUUUUUUUUGGAGAACACUAGGGGUGGGCUUACUGGAAAUCAAGUCAAUAAAAUGAACGGCAGUUUUUGUACUCCCGAUCAUGUAACGUACACGUCUUUAAUUCAAGGCUUGUGCAUGGAUGGUCAAAUUUUUGAAGCUACCAAGUUUUUUUCGGAUAUGAGAUUCGGUGGUAUACAACCAGAUGCUUUUACUUACACUGUCAUGUUAGAGGGGCAUCUGACGGUGAAGCAUAUGAUGGAUGUGAUGAUGUUGCAUGCUGAUAUGAUUAAGAUGGGUAUCAUGCCAAAUGAGAACAUAUGUCUGAUCUUAGCAAGGGGUUAUCAAGAAAAUGGAUACCUAAGCCUUGAGGUUAAUCAUCAUCAACCACAAGCCACUCAUGAGUUGAAUUAUUUCCUCCCUCGAGCACAAGUUUCUCAGUUGAAUUUCCAGCUGUGUCAACCUCAAGGAACCAAUGAGAAAGAAUUGAGGAGUAACUGGAGCAGGAGAAAUAAUAGAUAUUUAAGAGGAGGCCUGAUUAUUGGUGAUGCUGCAGGAGCAAGCACGAGCACUAAUGAAUAUGCUAUGAAUGUUGGUGAUGCUGGAGCAAGCACAAAUGGAUACACUAUGAAUAUUGGCAGUGGCAUGCCAAUAUUCAUGCAGGCUCGAAACAUCCAAAGUAAUAUCAUGCCUAUAUGUAGUUUCAAAUUGCAAUUGCGUAUGAUCCUGUGGUGGGAUGAUUUUGUGUCAUGA